GGGCAGAGCAGUAACACAGAGUACUGGGAAAAACAGUACAAGAACCUGAUCCAGAACCUGCCCCCAAGCCUUCUAGAAGAAUAUGGGGAUGAAUACCUGCUGGAGACCAAGGAACUCUUCCAGAGUUACGCAAAAACAGCCAAUGAGGAUCUGAGCCCUGUCAUCAACACCAUUGUGGACGCACUCCUCUCUCCUCGACCCCAGGUGCGAUACUACGCCGGGCCGGGUUUAAUGCUCUUGUACUUCAUCUGCAGCUACUUCCCUUUUAGCAUCAGUGACAGGUUCCUCCAGAAACUCUUUGUACAGAAGAAAGUGAUGCCUCGUGCCCUUAGGAAACAACAAGGCCUGAGCCUCAACGUCAAUAACAACAGCAUAAAGGAGAACAUGAACAACAACAACAACAACAACAGCCUCACAAAGAUUAACGAUUAGUUAUGGUAAAGAGUGUAAGAACAUCCUUUAGCACAACUAAUGUGAUCUACUUCUAGAGAUUUGUUUCCAUUGUGUAUACUUUACUUUUCUCGUCUUCAUUUUGUUGUACAUAUUGUGAAAUAUUUUGAGGGGAUCACUGAAUUGCACCAAAUCAUCUGUGGUAAACCCAGUUCUUAAAAGGCAGUUGACACUCUUGAACAUCAUGAAGAUAAUGAUAAAAAAGAGGUCAUGCCCACAGGCCAUAUUUAUAGUGAAUACAAGUUCUCAGGUGAGGCAAAAUCCAAACAGAUAACAUACGGUUUAUGUAUUCUGCAGAAGGCAUCAAUUCUAGGCGUUCACCAUGGAGACACCUCAAUUGAGUUUGAUGUGAAAUUUGAAAUUGAUCAUUAACAGCCAAACAUCUGAGACUCUCUUUUCAUACUGCACUGAGGUGCUGAUGAUAAUGUUACUAUGAUCAAACCAGAGUCAAACUGGUCAGAGUGCAACUUCAAGUAAAUUUUUAUUUUUUUUUUAAGUGACCAAUGGGCUGAAGUGGUUCCUAAAGACAGAAGUUAUGUUUUAAAUGUAUUAUACUCCAUCCUUUAGCAUUUGUUAUAUUUGUUUAUUUUUUCCAUGUCACAUUUUUGUUGGCAUAUUUAUGCCAUUUUGUUCUUAAAUAAAUCACUUGAACUGUGAAUUUUAUACAAAUAUGGAAAAAAAGAACAGAAAAAAAUGUAAAUUGUUCACUUGAUCAUUCUUAGAGUAUAUUAAAGUUGAUUUUUUAAAUAAUCGAUCUGUGUGUUUUUGUAUUUCCUGUCAGAGAACAUGAACAAUGGCUUCCUUUAGCUGGUCAAAGAUCUUUGUCAAUGCUAAAUGACCUUCUCUAAUCACUGUACUGAAACCCAGCCACCCACUACUGCUGUGUUAAUUAGCAAUUGUAUGUAGCUAUGCUAAUUGCAAAUUUCAGUUUGUGUUAUGAAGCCAGAGUCUUACAAGCCAGAUAUAACAGAGCAAGAAAAAUUUUGAUCUUUCGUUGCGAACUUGCGAUACAGUUUUUCUGUAUAAAGUUUCCAAAAUGCACAU